AUGGGGAAGAGGACGAGAUGUGAUGUAUCGUGCUGCCUUGUCCGCUGGAUAUCGGUUCUUCUGUUCUGCGCUCUCCCGCGGGUGCGCGCUUCAGCCAACCUGCCGCCGUGCCGAGAGACAGACUACUACUUUGAGUACACAGAAUGUGACAGUACAGGCUCACGAUGGAGAGUGGCCAUUCCUCAUCGACAGAACAGCUGCACUGGCCUACCAGAGCCUGUCAGAGGCACUGAUUGCACAUUCUCCUGUGAAGCGGGAGAAUUUUUGGAGAUGUUCACCCAACAGUGUACAGCUUGCGCUGCAGGCUCUUACUCUUUAGGAAGCGGUGUCCGGUUUGACCAGUGGGACUCAAUCCCAGCUGAAUUUAACAGUUUUGCCACCUACAUGGAGCCGGAGGGGGGCGCAGACGAAGCUUUGUCCUGCAAUAAUUCGUCAUGGACACCUCAGGGUACUCACUUGGAAUCGAAUCGGGAUGAGUGCACAGUGUCACUGGUGUAUGCAGUGCACCUGAUGAAACAGGGCUCUGUCUCCUUCGACUAUCAAUACGCUGACAACAACAUUUUCUUUGAGUUCUUUAUUCAAAAUGACCAGUGCCAGGAAAUGGACCAGACAGCAGACCAAAAAUGGAUCAAACUCACUUCUAAUGGUGAAUGGGGAACACAUACGGUGAAUCUAAAGUCAGGCACAAACAUCUUAUACUGGAGGACCACUGGUAUUUUGUUAGGAGGGAAGCCUGUUAAGCCUGUCCUGCUGAAAAACAUUCAGAUUGAAGGUGUAGCAUAUACGUCUGAGUGUUUCCUUUGCAGACCAGGCACCUUCAGCAAAACCCCUGGCUCUUCCUUCUGUGAUCUCUGCCCCAGGAACACCUACUCUGGCAAAGGAGCUAGCUCAUGCACCCCUUGUCCAGAGACACAAUACUCGGAGGAAGGGUGGUCAGAGUGUAAGACCAAGCCGCCAUGCUCAGAGAAGGAUUACUUUCAAAUUCACUCCGCCUGCGACAGCAAUGGCAAAACCCAAAUGUUGUAUCGAUGGGUCGAGCCAAAGGUGUGUUUGGAAGAUGUACCCGGCGCAGUAACACUGCCCCCUUCAGGUGAGAAGGAGGACUGCCCACCCUGCAACCCUGGCUUUUACACACACAAUUCAUCCACCUGCCUGCCCUGUCCUCCUGGGACGUACUCCAACGGCACCACAGACUGCCAGGCCUGCCCUGCAGGAACGGAGCCAUCACUAGGAUAUGAGUACAAAUGGUGGAACAUUUUACCAAGCAACAUGAAGACCUCCUGCUUCAAUGUGGGCAACUCCAAAUGUGAUGACAUGAAUGGCUGGGAGGUAGCUGGUGACCACAUCCGCAGUGGAAUUGGAGGGUCAGAUAAUGAUUAUCUCAUCCUCUCACUACGAGUGCCUGGAUUUAAACUCCCAACCUCGGUAGCUGGGGUAACAGCCAGUGAGUUUGGCAGGAUCACAUUUGUCUUCGAGACCAUCUGCAGUGCAGACUGUGAGCUCUACUUUAUGAUGGAUGUGAACAGGAAGAGCACAAACGUGGUGGAGUCGUGGGAGGGCACCAAAAGCAGACGAGCAUACACACAUAUCAUGACUAAAAACGCAUCAGUGUCUUAUACCUGGGCCUUCCAACGCACCAACAAGCCUUUAGAUGUUCGUCAUUAUGUGGGUGACAUAGCCAAAAUUUACUCCAUCAAAAUCACAAACGCUCUGGAUGGCUCAGCCUCAUCUUGCCAUGCCUGUGCCAUGAUGAAUCAAGAAAGUGGCUCCUCCUGUGUCCCUUGCCCUGCUGGCCACUUUAUAAACAAGGACACCAACCGAUGCCAGGAGUGCCCAUCCAAGACCUUUCUCUCAGGCCAUCACAUCUAUGGACAAGAAGCCUGUCAGCAAUGCGGCCCCAACAGCAAAAGCAAUAAGGAACACUCAUUUUGCUACAGCGACUGCUCCUUUUCUCAUGUGGAUAAGAACCAGACUUUGACUUAUGACCUUAGCGCCUUAAGCUUAGUGGGAACCAUCAUGAAUGGACCAAGUUUUACCUCCAAGGGAACAAAAUACUAUCACCAGUUCAACAUCAGCCUGUGUGGAAAGGAGGGCAGGAAGGUCGCGGUGUGUUCUGAUAAUGUCACAGAUCUAUCCACCAAGGACAUGCAGAGUGAUUCAGCUGUCUUUAAUAAUUAUGUGGAGACUUUCAUUUGCCAAUCAACCAUCAUUCCAGCAGAUGGACGUGGCUUCAGAAAUGCCAUCUCAUCCCAGUCAAUUAGUCUGGCUGAUACGUUUCUUGGUGCAACAGUGGAAAGUUCAAUAAAUGGAGUGAGUGUUAGGCCAGAGCUCUUCCCUCGAACUGCACAAAAAUUUCCAGAUAUCAACUUCUUCUUUCACUCUCCUCAGCUAACAGGCUCCUGUGAGCAUGGGCGCAGUGCAGUCAUUACACUGAGGUGUAACCCUGAGAAAGGAGAACGUGGAGAACUUACUGUACCAAGUAAGUGUCCUGCAGGUACAUGUGAUGGCUGUACAUUUUACUUCCUGUGGGAAAGUUCUAGUGCUUGUCCUAUUUGCACUGAAGCAGACUACCACUCAAUAGAGGGAGCAUGCAAGGGAGGCAUGCAGGACAUCCUUUAUGUGUGGAACGAGCCAAAACUUUGUACAAAAGGUGCAUUGCUCCCUGAGAAGAGCUCUACCCCCUGUGAAGCAGUGCCUCUAUGGCUGAAGAUUGGAAUAGGGGUUGGGGCAUUUCUGGCUGUCCUCCUUAUCUCUCUCACAUGUUACUUCUGGAAGAAAAACAAGAGGCUGGAGUACAAGUACUCUCGGCUUGUGAUGUCAUCCAAUAAGGAGUGUGAACUGCCAGCGGCGGACAGCUGUGCACUGGCGGAAGGAGAAGGUGAAGAGAAUGAAGAUGAUGUCGUCUACUCAAACACGGCAUCAUUGCUGGGCAAAUUAAAGGCUAUUGCCAACAAGCAGGGUGAAGGAGCGAGCAGUGAGUCGGUACAGCUGAAGUCGUCUCAGACAGAGAGAUGGGUCUGGGGAUAGAACAGUACCGUCAGGAAGAGGACAACGCUCUCAACACAAAGAGGCGGAGAAAGAGAGAGAGACUCGAGUCCACAUGCUCAGGCAUCCAGACUCUCCCAUAUCUUAACCUCUUCAAAUAAGUCUGGACAAUCCUCUGAAACUGUAACUGUUUACAUAUUUAUCAAACGCAGCGCUUUACACGCUGACCAUUUCUCCCUAAUUCAAGUGAGAUGACUAUAUACAUUUAUGUACACAACAACAAACUGUUACACAGUAAACGCAG